CUGAGUACUAGCAAAAAGAACUCUUUUGGUAGGGUAUGUUUGGUGGGCAAUUGAAAAUUAGUUGGACCAAUAGGUUACAAAUUAAACACAGGUCACAAAAUUGAAGUGGAGCUCAAUUUGUCCUGGUAAGCUGAAAUGGAAGGGAUAGGGGUAUUAUUAAUGCGUCCAUUAUCCAAUUACAUCCAACAACAGCUAGCCAAACGUUUCACCCUCUUCAAAUACUGGGAAAUCUCUGAUUCUCUCAAACUACACUCCGAUUCCAUCAGAGCAGUGGUGGGGAAUGGAGUUCAGGGAGCAAACUCGGAGUUGAUCGACUCGUUGCCCAGAUUGGAAAUUGUAUCUAGUCACAGUUCAGGGCUUGACAAGAUUGAUUUGGUGAAAUGUAAAGAGAGAGGGAUUAGGGUAACCUCCAGUCCCGAUGCUCUCACUGAUGAUGUUGCUGACAUGGCCAUUUUACUCACUAUUGCAACUUUGAGGAGGAUUCUUGAAGCUGAUCGGUUUGUCAGGAAUGGGAUUUGGAAGGAAAAGGAUUUCAAUUUGACAGCUAAGUUUAGCGGCAAAUCAGUAGGUAUUGUAGGCUUAGGGAGGAUUGGUUCAGCAAUUGCCAAGAGAGCUGAAGCUUUUGGAUGUCCAAUCAGUUAUCAUUCGCGUUCACGAAAACCAGAGUCAACGUACACCUACUAUCCACAUGUUAUCGACUUAGCCUCCAACUGCCAGAUCCUCGUUGUUGCUUGUGCCUUAACUGAUGAAACACACCACAUUAUCAACCGCGAAGUUAUAGACGCCUUGGGUCCAAAUGGAGUUGUUAUCAACAUUGCAAGGGGUUCUCAUAUUGAUGAACCUGAGCUGGUAGCUGCUCUUGCAGAAGGAAGGUUGGGAGGAGCAGGGCUUGAUGUUCUUGAACACGAACCUGAAGUGCCCAUGCAGCUAGCUAGACUUGAUAAUGUUGUGCUAUCACCUCACACGGCAGCUGGUACUCUGGAGACGCGUAAGGACAUGGCUGAUCUCGUGGUUGCAAAUUUGGAGGCAUACUUUUCGAACAAGCCAUUACUAACUCCUGUUAUUUGAGACUUUCUGGUAAAGGUUUGAUGAUCUUGAACUUAGUUUGUGGUUGAUUCUUCUACUUCUAUUUUCAUCGUUUAGCAACAUGCUAAGUAUGUCAUUGGUUCAAGCAUGUAAAAUUUGGGCAUGCUAUGCUACUCUUUCUUGUGCUGAUUGGGAACAUUUGAAGAUGGUUGGUAGUAGUACAAGUGAGGUGAGGUAUUUGUUGCUCAUCAUACUAUGUGAUUCUAGUUUGUCGCCUUGGAGAAUGGUAUUGUGGUUCUGAGAGUGUCUACUAUUUGUUAAAUGCCCAAUGAGGAGGUUGAAUUUGUAUAGAUGAUCUCUUAAUGAACCUGAACUAUGCUAAUUGGC